CGGGAAAUGGCCGAACAUUUUUGAAAGAUUUCUGGAUGGUUUUCUGCCGAUAUCUUAUAACUUGCUGUUUGUAAUGAUAUUCAGCGUACAAAAUACAAUAAUUGAUGUUUAUGUUGCUGACCUACUGUCUGAAUGCUGGACCAUCAGACCUCUGAAGACAUGAUCACUGUGUCUGACUGGCAGGAUUAUGUCCCGCAUGGCCGGGACAUGUACUCGUCACAUCCUGGGGUAACACACUCCCACCCUGGCUACCAUACUGAUCAUGGUCUACCAAUUGUGAAAGCAAUCAAAGAUAUAUCCUUGCAGGAUGACAAACAGGGAGAGCAAUGGCGUCUUAGAAGUGUUGACAAUAUGGAUAAUGUCACAGAUGAGGAAUUAUACAUUGCGGAGAAUACUGUAUUAUGGAGUCGUGGCACAGUAGAUGGUGCCAGAAGUCACUACAGAUCAUUUACAGUGGACUCCAGAGUCACUGAUGCUGGAUGGUGUAAGUUUCUCCUCCCCAAGACCACUCCUGAGGAGCCCACUACUGACGCCCUCAAAGAUAUGCCUGGAACCGCCCAGUAUGGUGUUUAUAUACUGGAGAGUAGCUGUAUUCAUGUGUUCACUACUGAGGGAGAGGACUUCACUACUGCCUUGCCAUUCACAGUUUCCAAGGUGUGGCCAAUUAUGAAUGGCCUUCUGUUUGAGAGGUCAACCAAGGAAGUAGAAUUGAAAGGAACUCCUAGAAAGCCUACAGAAGCAUUGCCGUUAUUGUUUAGUAUGUUGCACCCCCUUGAUGAACUUGCUCCUCUUAUAUACAGCAAAGCACAACCAGGUAGCAACAAGAUAGAGUUUGUGACUGAUACAUCCCAGCAUGUGGUGUUUACCAAUGAAGACCCUUCUCUUAUUAUGACAUAUGACCAGAUGCAGGGGACUCACAGUGUAUGGAGACUCAGGAGGGCCAAACAUGAGGAAGGGUACUAUGUGACUGGAUGUCUGGGGGAUCUGACGCCCAGUAUGUUACCCCAACCCCCAGGAACUCCAGGUGUGGGGGUGAGUCAUUCAACUAGCAGCUUCUCAAAGCUGACCAUCUCAAGUCAAUCCCCCAGUGGAUUAUCACCAUUCAGAAGCUUUCAGAGUCAUCCCAAUAGUCGCAUUAGUUCACCAUCUGGUGGUUUCACAUCACGCUCGAUCUCACAUAGUCCUGGACUUAAUCAAAUGGCUGCUCUAAGUCGAUCUCAAACUCCAUCUCACGCUUCAGUAAGUAGCCUGUAUCGCUACCACAGCCCUUCCCCAGGGGGUAAGUCUCCCAUGGGGUCCCUGAUGCGCACACCUGGGAGGCAGACAGUCUCUAUGGUGAAUGAGACAGGGGAGAUUGUUGAGCCACUUAUGCCUGAUACUUGUAUGGAACAUAUAUGGACUGAGAAAGUUUCACUCAGAGAGGGCAUGACUGGCAAGGCAACUAAGGUGUUCCUCACUAAAGACCUUGGUGGACAACAGUACCUUUGUUACCUGGUUGCAUCUAGGUAUCAACUCAGGUGUGUUAAAUGGGAAGAGAGCAAUGAUCAGAGUCAGUUGAUAUUUGGUGCAGUGUCUAUUGUACAGGCCAGAGAUGCAGUUAGUUUACCUAGUCUUAACAUGGUGCUAGUUCUAGACUUGAACUCUACGUUGCUUCUCUACACUGGACCUACUAAGGUGACACGUGUAUUCCUGCCUUCUCUCCCAAUAUCCAGUGUACAUUUGUCAACCAGUGAAGGCCUGAGGUCUACUACACCCUUCGCUAGUCCUGGUCCAGGCAUUGUCACCUCCAGUCGCCCCACUAGUGCACUAGAUGCACACUUUGAUGAUCCUGUCCAUCUAUUAUCCCCUGUGCCCCCAGAGAUGAAUGAAUCUUCCCAACUGCUUCAUGCAGGUAGCUUAGGAGAGGACCUUAGCAUACAGAGCUCCAUUACAAGCCUACAGGACCCUGUAGCUAAUAGAUGCACUCUGGACCUUGCCAAUGGCAGCCUGUGCAGGAUAACCAUACCAAGCAUGGAGACUUCUCCUAUAAUUGAUGCUUGUCUUGAGGGUAUCAAACAUAUUCUGCCAAAUUACAUUGCGAGUCAAGUAUUAAUAAAAUGGUAUUCUACCCAUAAUGCACCUGGAGGGAUGACUAAGCAGACUGAAUGGCUGACAUUUACUAAGUGCUUGCUUGGCAUGAUGGGAUAUGAUCUUGGUAGACUUCCUUUGGUAUUACAGAUGGACAUUGAUUCCCCACUCUCACCUGUCACCAAGAAGGCUAAACCAUCAGAUCAGGGGUCAGAUGAGGAUUGGCAAUAUCUACUGUCGUCUGAUCAUCACAAUUUUGUAACCUCCAUACUGAAGAGCUCUACUGAGAGUGCACCUAGGUCAGAUAUGAAACUAGACAGAUCUACACCUGUGAGCAUAGAUACAAGUGCUGCAUUGUUUCCACAUAUACCAGCUCUCCUCUAUGCUCUACACCUUGUAUAUGAGGAUAUGAAGUUAAACAGUCAGCUACUUGAGCAUCUUCAUAAACUCACCACUCUCCUACAUCACAUUGCCAGGGACCUGCAACUGUCUGCUUAUAUUGACCACUAUGUCAGGGAUUACCCCGCAUUGUUUAAUAGCCCGGAACAUACCAGCCAAAUACUACCAGAUACCCUGAAGCAGAUGCAAUACCCUAGUUUCCUGAGUCAAGAGCCCCCUAGCCUGUAUAGAUGGCUCCACUGUAGCAUGACUGGUGCCCCAUGUAAACCAUUCCCGUACUUAUCAGAUGUGUGCAAGGUUACCAUGAACAUAGUCUCGUUAUAUGCUAUACUGUUGCACCCAGAAGAGAGUAGUGAGCCAGUGUGGGAUAGAUAUGUACGUAAGGUGUCUGCUCCAGGCCACAGGGUAGUCUCUAGAGAUGUCUCAAUGUCCAAGAGCUUCACUCCAGAUACCAGUGGGACAGUAUUUGAAAGGGUGGUGCUCUACAUGGCAGAACUAGGUAUGACAAGCAAGGAUUUGGAUCUUCUCCCAUUUGGAAUCUCACAUCCGCUUUAUGAGGCAAUACACCAUUGUAGGGCAAACCCCCCUUCUGACUGGCCUGAUGAUGCUUACAUACUAAUAGGUAGGGAGGAUUUACACCAGCAGGCCAACAUCUCCAAUAUGCCACCUGUAGUGACCCUGAAGAAAGAAAUGGCCCCACAGAGUAAGGGGGUCAAGGAGGAAGAGGAUGGUAUGGAGUUUAUCGAUCGAGAGUUAUUACGUCUGUUGUUCAGUGAUGACCUGCGGAUUCAAGAAGUUCGACGUCUGCUCCAGUCAGCAAGACCUGUCAGGAUAGCACUGUCGCAAAGACCAGAAGUCAGCGACCAUGAUUUUAUUGAGGAACAAGAACGCCAUCUAUAUGGACUAUGUAUACGUACCAUGGCACUCUCAGUUGGAAGAGGUAUGUUUACAUUGAGCAGCUACCACAGCCUGGUGACAGAACAGCUCCCUAUACCAAAGCUGUGUCUAACAGGGAAGGCACCACCAAGGAACACAACAGUGGACUUGUCGCACAUUGAGACACCUCCCAACAUGGCUAUGUGGCCACAGUUCCAUAAUGGAGUUGCUGCGGGCCUAAGGCUAGCUGGGUCGGCACAGGUUGAUACUACAUGGAUCGUGUACAAUAAACCUAAGCAAAAUGAACUGACCAAUGAACAUGCAGGAUUCCUUAUGGCGCUAGGACUGCGAGGACAUCUAUCUAACUUAGCUACAAUGAAUGUUCAUGACUACCUUGCCAGGGGGCAUGAUAUGACAAGUGUAGGCCUGUUGCUUGGUAUUGCUGCCGCCAAGAGAGGCAGCAUGGACCUAGCUACAACUAAACUACUCUCCAUCCAUGUUGAUGCCCUUCUUCCACCCUCCUCUACUGAGUUAGAUGUGCCACAUAUAGUCCAGGUGGCAGCUGUGUUAGGAGUAGGCCUUGUGUACCAGUGCACAGCACACAGACACAUAGCUGAGGUCUUGUUGUCUGAAAUAGGUCGGCCCCCUGGCCCAGAAAUGGAGAACAGUCUAGACAGAGAGGCCUACUCCAUUGCUGCUGGUCUGGCUUUAGGGCUUGUCAUGCUUGGGAAAGGCAGUGAGGUUAUAGGACUAGCAGACCUGAGCAUGGCUGAUCAGUUAUAUAACUACAUUGUUGGUGGGCACAAGAGACCCCUUUCAGGCACAAACAAGGAACGAUUCAAGUCACCAAGCUACCAGAUCAAGGAAGGAGAUACAGUCAAUGUUGAUGUCACAUCACCAGGGGCAACUCUCGCACUAGGCAUGAUGUUUUUCUGCACGAACAAUACUGCUGUAGGUGAAUGGCUCACUGCUCCUGAUACACAGUUCCUACUGGACUUCGUCAGGCCAGACUUUCUCCUGUUGAGGGUGAUAGGAAGAGGUCUAGUGUUCUGGGAGUAUGUCCUGCCCUCCAAGGCCUGGAUAAAGGAGAAUAUACCAGAGAUUGUGAUGAAGUACGCAUUCAAGAAAUCUGACUAUAAAGAUGAUCCAGAUUGUCACAUAGACUUUGAAACUAUGAGUCAAGCAUAUUGCAAUAUAAUGGCAGGAGCAUGUAUGACAAUAGGCCUCAAGUUUGCAGGAUCAGCAAACCAGGAAGCUUUUAAUUUACUGAUGGGGUAUGCUAAAGAGAUCCUAGCGAUAGUGUCAAAGGCCAGUUUAUUGGAGCAGGCUGGCAAGAGUACUGUGGAGAACAGUCUGGACAUCAUCGUGCUGUCUCUAUCUAUGGUUAUGUCAGGAACAGGCAACCUGGACGUGUUGCGAUUAUGUCGACACUUACGUAGCAGAGUGGGUUCCUCUUAUACAUAUGUUUUGUAUGGAUCUCAUAUGGCAGUCAGUAUGUCACUUGGUCUACUAUUCCUGGGGGGUUGCAGAUACACACUUCGCACAAGUCCUGAAGCUGUAGGUGCCAUGCUGUGUGCAUUCUUCCCAAAGUACCCAGUUCACAGUAAUGAUAAUAGAUACCACUUACAAGCCUUCAGGCACCUGUAUGUACUGGCAGCAGAACCACGUAUGGUGAUACCUAGAGAUGUUGACACAGGACAUGUAUGCUAUGUACCCAUGGAAAUACAUUUCAAGGUACUAGUAUUUGUGAUACAGUAUGAGGAAUUAUGA